UGGAGUGUGGCUAUGGAAUCCAAAGCCAACAACAGAGAUUGGCGUGACUGCUCUAGUUCUUCUUCGAUCUGUUAUCUGGGAUAUUUCUAGGGUUUUUGGUUGGAGCUCUGGAUCUUGUCCUCCCUCGAUUUGAUUAACGAGGUUUGGUGGAUUCUUGCUUCUAGUACCUGUUUCUAGAUCAAUAGCACUUCAUAAUGACAGAGCCAAGCUCAGUAGAUGUGAUUCUGGACUUUCUGAGGAGAAAUCGCUUCACAAGAGCUGAGGCAGCUUUGCGGAGUGAGCUCGGUAACCGCCCUGAUUUGAAUGGAUUCCUUCAGAAACUUAACCUUGAAGAAAAGGAUUCUGGCAAGGUACUAGAAGAAGAGAAUGGGAAAAAAACAGUGGGCGAAAGUCAUGGCUCGGGUUCUCGAAAUUGUUGUGAAGUUUCUAGGGAACUUAUAGUGAAAGAGAUUGAGUGUGGGGCGGGCAGAAAUGGGUCUGAAAGCAAAUGGAGAAAUGCUGCUUCCACUGGGGAGCAUAUUAAACCUAAUGAAGCAAAAGUGACAAGUGAUAAGGGUUUCACUUUCUCUAAAAGUUCAGAGGACACCGUACUCAAAUUGCAGUCAUGGAACUUCAAUCCCAGCAAUGGUCCUGAUCUGUUCAAAAAUGAUGGAUUUGUUAGUAGCACUAGCUUUUCAGAGCUAGAGAUACCAGAUCAGUCAAGAUACCGUACGGCUGAUGCUCCUGACACUGAUAAAGCAAAUGUUAAAUCUGGAGAAGAGAUUGUCUACUCUGGUGAAAUGAAAACAACAUGGCUUGGAAAUACUAGCAAAGCUAAUGUAGAAUCGAAGUAUGACAAGAUUCAUACCAGUGAAACUAAGGAGCUUGAUCAGCAAUUUAAGACUGGCAGUGCAUACUAUAAGGAAAACUUUGCUGAUAACAGCACGUGGUGUAGAAGUGAGGAACCCACAAGUUCAUCUUCAGAGUUAUGGAAAGAUUGUUCUGUCAAGACUGUUUUUCCAUUCCCUAAGGAAGAUGCUUCAAUCGGUUAUGAUGCUGCUACUGGUUCAGAGAAGAGAGAAGGAAAGAAGAAAGCAGAUGCAAUUGAUGUUAGGGCAGCAAUUAAAGAACAGGUGGAUGAGGUUGGAAGAGCUUUAUUUUUUGGGAAAUCGCAAGGGAGUUCUGAGCAAAAAGGUAUAAGUGGGUUGGCCUUCCCUCUAGCAUCUGAUAAUUCAAAGGAAGAGUUUCCUAGGCUGCCACCAGUUAAACUUAAAUCAGAGGAGAAGUCUUUGAAUGUUAAUUGGGAGGAAAAAUAUGAACGUGAUGGCCCAGGCGCAAAGCUCACUACUGCUGACAGUACCUUCCUUAUGGGGUCAUAUCUGGAUGUUCCCAUUGGGCAAGAAAUAGACUCUUCUGGUGGGAAAAGGACUGGUGGAGGCAGUUGGCUUUCUGUGAGUCAGGGCAUUGCAGAAGAUGCAUCUGAUCUGGUUUCAGGUUUUGCUACUGUUGGUGAUGGAUUAAGUGAAUCUGUUGAUUACCCAAAUGAGUAUUGGGACUCUGAUGAAUAUGAUGAUGAUGACGAUGUUGGAUACAUGAGGCAACCUAUUGAGGAUGAAGCCUGGUUUCUGGCUCAUGAAAUUGAUUAUCCUAGUGACAACGAAAAGGGAACCGGGCAUGGGAGCGUGCCAGAUCCGCAAGAAAGAGGUCAAACCAAGGAUGAAGAUGAUGAUCAAUCAUUUGCAGAGGAGGAUUCUUACUUCUCUGGUGAACAAUAUUUCCAGGCAAAGAAUGUUGAACCUGUUUCAACUUCAGAUGAUCCUAUAGGACUAUCCAUAACUGAAAUGUAUGGGAGGACUCAUGAGAAUGAUUUAAUUGCCCAAUAUGAUGGACAAUUAAUGGAUGAAGAAGAGCUUAAUUUGAUGCGUGCUGAACCUGUUUGGCAGGGAUUUGUCACACAGACAAAUGAACUUAUCAUGCUAGGGGAUGAAAAAGUUCUCAAUGAGCAUGGGAGAUCUCGGCUGGAUGAUAUUUGUAUCGAUGAUGAUCAGCAUGGUUCUGUUAGGUCUAUUGGUGUGGGAAUCAACAGUGAUGCUGCUGAUAUUGGCAGUGAAGUACGUGAAAGUUUAGUUGGAGGUAGUAGUGAAGGGGAUUUAGAAUAUUUUCAUGAUCAUGACGUUGCUAUUGGAGGGUCCAGACAAAGUCAUCAAGAGACAGACAGGAAAUAUAUUGAUAAAUCAAUUAGGGAUAAAAGGAAAACCAACAAAAAUGAUUCCAAUAAAUAUGUUAUUGGAAAUGAUAAAGGUGCCUGUCCCCAGGUGAAGAAUAUUGCAGAUGGGGGAUUUUCUUUUCCUCCACCUCUAAGGGAUGGCCAGUUGGUGCAGGCAGGCUCUAAUAAGUCUGUGUGGUCAAGUAACUGCAAUGCUGGUGGUGAUGAACAUGAUGACUGCUUGAAUGCUUUGAUGGCGUCUGAUGAUAUGCUUGCUACAUGGAGACGGAAAAGCAGUGAUUCUUCAACUGUCAAAAGUUCUAGGGAUGAAAACAAUGCCAAUGCUGCAAGAUCAGCAACUUCUAGUCCUUCAACUCUCUCUAAUUAUGGUUAUGGUGAACAAGAGCAGACCAAGAAAGAAGAGGAUGAGAAAAUCAGUGGUGUGAGGGAAGGGGAUCCUGGGGUAUCACUUGAGGAUGAAGAGGCUGCUGCUGUCCAAGAGCAAGUGAGACAAAUUAAAGCGCAGGAGGAGGAAUUUGAGACCUUCAACCUCAAGAUUGUGCAUAGGAAAAACAGAACUGGAUUUGAGGAGGACAAGAAUUUCCAUGUUGUUUUGAAUUCUGUUCUAGCUGGGCGCUAUCAUGUCACUGAGUAUCUUGGAUCAGCUGCUUUUAGUAAAGCUAUACAAGCACAUGACCUGCACACAGGAAUGGAUGUCUGUGUGAAAAUUAUAAAGAACAACAAGGAUUUUUUUGAUCAAAGCCUUGAUGAGAUUAAGCUUCUCAAGUAUGUUAACAAACAUGAUCCUGCAGAUAAGCACCACAUUCUCCGAUUGUAUGAUUACUUUUACUACCGAGAGCAUUUGCUAAUAGUCUGUGAACUUCUCAAGGCAAACUUAUAUGAGUUUCAUAAAUUUAAUAGGGAAUCAGGUGGAGAGGUUUACUUCACAAUGCCGAGAUUGCAGUCAAUUACUAUUCAGUGUUUGGAGGCUCUCCAGUUUUUGCAUGGUCUUGGCCUGAUACAUUGUGAUCUCAAGCCAGAAAAUAUAUUAGUAAAAAGUUAUAGUAGAUGUGAGGUGAAGGUGAUUGAUCUUGGGAGCAGUUGUUUUGAGACAGAUCACCUAUGCUCCUAUGUUCAAUCCAGGUCCUAUCGUGCGCCAGAGGUUAUCCUAGGACUUCCAUAUGAUAAGAAGAUUGAUGUAUGGUCACUUGGCUGCAUCUUGGCAGAACUCUGUACUGGCAAUGUCCUAUUCCAAAAUGAUUCACCUGCAACAUUACUUGCAAGGGUAAUUGGAAUCAUAGGUCCCAUUGAACAAGACAUGCUCGCCAAAGGACGGGAUACAUACAAGUAUUUUACCAAGAAUCACAUGCUUUAUGAACGCAAUCAGGAGACCAGCAGACUAGAAUACCUGAUACCCAAGAAGACAUCCUUGAGGCAUCGGUUGCCCAUGGGGGACCAGGGUUUCAUUGAUUUUGUUGCUCAUUUGCUCGAAGUAAACCCAAAGAAGCGCCCUUCUGCAGCAGAGGCUUUGAAGCACCCAUGGCUAUCAUACCCGUAUGAACCCAUAUCAGCUUGAGUGCUCUGAAGAUUUGCUUGGUGGCGGUUGUGUGCUUCAAUUCAGCUGUCAGUUGUUGACUGGGGAAGGAGCUGUAUUUAUUGCUGACUGAAAUUGGUUAAUCCAUUUGAAGUGAUCUCCAUGGAAGUUUUUCCCCAUCACAUGCCUGCAAAAUGCAUUCAAAGGUGUGCUUGGUUUUGUUUGCUGAUAUAUAUUUUCUUCCCCUUGCCAAAAGUAGUAUUUCAAUGUACCAUUGUGAAGGAUGUAAUUUUGGAACAGUGUAUUCCUAGGGUUUCCUUCAUCACUUAAUUUAAUCUGGUGGAGGGGGAAUCUAAUCUUGUUGUACAUGAUGUGUGAUAAUUCUUUUAGGUUAUUUAGUAAUAGCUUGUGAAGUAGCUGGUAACCAAAUUUUGGAAA